AACAAAAAGUGAAAAAAGAAACGUGCUUAUACUUGUCAGGAUUCACUAAACUGGUUGAGCAAAAAAUAUCCCAGUGUGUGUGUUAAGGUACAUUGUGUUCUUUUGUAGCCUCACGGGCUGCAUGUACAGCAUGUACUAUUUAGUGUCCGCAAUAGAGCCUGUCUAUAUGGUGCAUGUUUCUGAUGUGGCUACAACAUUUUUUGUAUUUCUUUGGUUAUUUCUUUCAUGCCAGCUUUGUUAUGCAUGCCACCUCUCAUAUCUUAACUCUACUGCAUCUACUACAAAUCUGGACACGUUUGACGUACACUGAAAACGCGUGUGAGUCAUUGUAACGAAGCAGCCCUCAUGUCGGGAAAAAUAGUUAUUUUUUCCCUUCGCUUGCAUUUUUUUUUAAUUCUGUAAAACUACACCAUGAUCCAGUUGUGCUGCCUGCCAGAACCACGGACCCACAUUAUGCAAUUCAAACGGUUUUAAUAUUUAAUUUAAUAUAAUGACAUGACAUGACAUGACAUGACAUGACAAAUAUCCCAAUCAUUAUCAACACAAAUAACAUCCGUGUUUUUAUCGUCAACAAUUCUUUGUCUAAGCAAAACGAACAAAGAAACCCUUCCAGGCGACCCCGCCUCCCUCUCGUGCUGGAAACUUAAAAUGUAUCUAAAUGUAGAGAGGCAAAUAAAAACCACCCGGUUAUAACAUGAGGUUAGAAAUAGUAACUGACCUUUGGAACCUUUUGCGUUUAGGUAAACUCAGAUAAAGUUGCAGAUGAUCUCGCACUUCCAACUUGGUGAAGUCCGCACGUCAAACUGUCUGUCGAAGCGCGCAUCAGCGGGGUAGAGUCCUGCUGUGCACCGUGCGCGUUCACGAUGUAUGCGCGCGCCGUCGACUACGCCAACCCCAGGAGGCUACACUGCGUUGAUUUCCACAAUCGAUUUCAACAAACGUCAGAGGACUUCAGGCCUAAGUCUGCCUCAGUCAUGGCUGCUCUCUCUGUAAAGAGAUCCACAGCACUCUCUGUUUGUAUUUCGGUGUUUCUCCUGCUCAUCUUCAUCCAGAUGGUUACCUCUCUGGUGCUUUAUGCUGGUGUGUUCAUCCUAUCCAACGAAGUCCUCAUCAGCCCCUUUCACUUCUGUCUAAUACACCAACACGGUGAACUGUCCUGCGGCGGCUGGCCCUGGUGUAUUGUCAGUGGAGCUGAAUGUGAGAUAAAAAUGAACAUCCCCACAACAGUGGGCAUCCUGAGUUUGUAUGUUCCUGUGGUGCUCGUGGCCUUCGCCCUGCUAGCCAUGAUGUUAGCAUCCUACACUAAAGACAGAAUGGCACGCUGGUUCAGCAUGGUCUGCCAGGCUGCAUCAAGCCUGCUCAUCCUGACUGGAAUUAUUAGUUUUCUGGUACUCUAUCACUCAUAUGUGUGCUGGGAAAACAUGACCAUCUGGUUCUAUAUCUGUGUGGGUGUACAAGUUGAGCUGGUUAUCAUAACAGUGCUGACCUGUGUGUCAGGGAUGAGGCUAACGUCCGACUGGGAGUAGAUGGGCCAAAAUGAGAAGUCAUCCCUGCCUUGUUAACAGAACUUGAAGUGCUUGACGAAUGAAAAGUGUUUAUUUUUGUUUUCUUUACAUGUUCUUUGUUAUGUUUUCACUAAACAGGGACCAACUCUUUGCCAUUAGGCUUAUGCUGCUGUAAACCAAGUGUUAUGACAGAUUUUAUGAUGAACCGGUCACCCUUCUUUUGUUAAUAGACUGGAGCGUAUUGGUUUUGCGUGCUGUAACAGUGUUUUUAUAUUCCAGUCAAACUGGUUUGUGAAAAUAACAGUGUGUCUGAGUAUGAAAUUGUGUAAAAGGCAGUAAACUAAGAGUCAGUGCUGACAGUUGCUGGAGUCCACACAUUUGUUUAUGACAGGAAAAAAUUAAAAAUGCAUGCCCUAAGUGUGCACAAAUAACAGCUGCUUUAACAUUUAUUCAAGUAAAAAAAAGUUAAAGAGUAUACAUAUACAUAUAUAAAUUCACAUUCAAAAAUAAAAGUACAUGAUAUGAUCCCUUGGUUCGAUAUUAAUGAAACAAAAAACUUUAAUCUGUGUUGUAAGAGAAGCUGGAGCUGCUGGCACAGCUACUGUAUAGUGUUCAGUGGUUUGCUCAUGAAAAUGUCAGCAAGCACAGGUAUUUAGGUUAAAGCAUAUUUCUGUAACCACUAAACCUCUGUGGUGAUACUGUAACAUUAACACUCCUGCUGUCAGUUUCACAUUCAUUAUCAAAGGAUCCGCUCUAUUAAUUAUCUCACCAUGUUCUGGCCUUCUGGUUAAACACGUCAGUAAAAUCUUCUUGUAGGCAUUCACCAUGAGUUGAUGAGAGUUCAGUACCCCUGCAGACUGUUAAAUCAGUACAUUGCAGUGAAAGGUAAAAUAUGUAGAAGUUCGACUAACACUUAAUGGACCUCAGAGGCACACUGGAAGAUGCUGAAUUGAGUUGUCUCACUAAAAAGGGAUUUUAGAUGCUGCCAUUAAAAAAAAUAAACACUGGCAUCUACACCUCAUUUUAAUGCAAAAACGUUCAAAAACUAAAGGUGCCAGUAUUUAUAUCCAGAAUCCAUGAAGCUGUACCAGAUUUUACAUCCCAGAAACAUCAAUUACUGGAUAAUGUCUCUAAUUUGUAGCUUUAUGGAGAAAUGAUAACAUUUCAGUGGUAUUCUAAGUAAAUCAUCAGGUGAAAAAAAUUUCUCGCACAAGCCGUAAGGCAUCAUCCUCCUCUGCUGCUUCUGCUGGCUCUUUUUCCUUAUCCUGCAGCCCAACAUUCUCAUUACUGCCAUGAUUCUGUACUGGUUGUGACCUUUGACCUUCAGAGGCCUGAUGUUGCGGGCUCUUAGUGUAUGGCACUGUUUCCACCUCUGUAAUGUCCAAGUCUGUUUCUGAAACAUACGUCAGAUCCGGGUCAUCACCACAGCCUGAGGACUCCUCUAAAGCGUCUGAUGCUGGCUUUGUUAUCAUCUUUGAAGUGGCAGCAUUCUCCCUCAUCUUCACAGUGGUGCCUGCUGCCUUUUCUUCAGCCUGUGUGGGGAGGUCAAUGUUUUAUGUUUUUGCUUUGAUGCACAGAUUGUAGCUAUAUGCGUAUAUAAGUAUAUUCAUUUUGAAAAAGUAAAAGCCUGUACUAGGAUCCUUUCAGCUGUAUCUAUGUAUGUAUAGAGAACAAUGCACAGAUGUUUAUAUAUCAAUUGGCAAUAUGUACAGUGUUACGUCAUGCCAAUAAAGCCAAUUGAAUUGAAUAUAUUUUAAAUGUGCCUUUGUACUAAGUAUUAAGUGCAAUACCUCAGCUAUCUCACUGUUUUUAUAGGUCACAGGAAAUGUGUUUUUCUGUUUUUAAUACUGUUUGAUAUGUGUGAAUGCACACAGGAUUGCGUCAUCUUUCGUUGUAGGCCUACAUUAUACAGUGACAAUAAAGGAAUUCUAUUUUUUUU